UUCUACCACAAUUGUUCCAAUUUCAUACAAAUGUAUACGCAAACGUAUGUGUUUGUUCAUAUAAAGCUACAAGCACCGACGUUUAUCAUUACACUGCCAUUCGAUCUGUUAGCAACCAGCUGUACAGUCCGGGUCAUACUACGUUCAUCGUAUUUCAUUAGUUCAUUUCAUAGAAUUCCUCGAUAAUAGUGACGUAUCGUUUGAGCGGAUUUCAGCCAGUCUCAAAGUUCCGUUAGCGCUGGCAAGAGGUAAAAAAAGUAAAAAGAAAAAAAAAGUGAUUCAGUGACGAUGUAUAACAGAACAAGUGCGACUUUAAUGCUGCAAACAAUUAUGGUGUUAAUGGAUAAACAGAAUACAACGGACGUGACACAUUUCCCUACAAACUUUUUCGAGGAUGCAGAACUGGAGAGGUGUUACGGUGUCUAUGGUUGCUUCUCGAAGGCUUAUCCAUGGACAGAAAACCGCCCUGAUAACUACUUUCCUGCGCCACCAGACUCCUUGGGAGUCAGAUAUGCAGUAUUUACAAGACGAAAUAGAAAAAUACCAUUGCUAUUACAAGCGCAUGAUAGCGAGAAAAUUAAAAAUGCAAACAUAGAUCCCAGAGGACCGUUCUAUUUGAUAUCUCAUGGAUUCCUUGAUGGUGGACACAAAAUAUGGGUACAAAAUAUGGCAAACGCUCUCUUGAGCUUAGAAGGCAAUGAGGCGGCUACAGUGAUGGUCGUAGAUUGGCGGAAAGGUUCCCAGCCUCCGUACGGGCAGGCCGUUGCUAAUAUACGACUGAUUGGCGCAAUGACCGCGCAUGUUGUGCAUACUUUAUAUGAAGUACUGGGUUUGACCAAUUUGGACAAUUUUCACUUUAUCGGGCAUUCUCUGGGCGCUCACUUGGCUGGGUACUGCGGUCAUACAUUACAAAAGCAAUUCAACUUGAAGUUGGGGCGUAUAACGGGCCUGGACCCCGCGGCGCCGUACUUCAGCCAAACGGUGACGUUGGUGCGCCUCGACCGCUCCGACGCCAAGUACGUCGAUGUGCUGCACACCAACGCUAUGCCGCUAUACUUCUCAGGUUUCGGUAUAUCAGAAGCAAUAGGAGACGUGGACUUUUACCCCAACGGCGGGUCUACACAGCCGGGCUGUGCGGGCACGGGCGGAGGGCCGGGUCCCGCCGGCGCAGACAUGUACACGCAGCUCAGCAAGCUCGUCAGCUGCAGCCACGAGCGCAGCUACGACCUGUUCACAGAAUCCAUCACCUCGCCAUGCCCCUUCAUGGCGGUCCAGUGCCCUUCAUACGAGGCGUUUCUAGCCGGUAACUGCACGACGUGCGACAGCAAGCAUUACUGCAUCCCCAUGGGAUACUACUCCUACACAUUCUACAAGCGGCUGCAGGCGCGCGGCCUGCUCGACUCUCGCUCGCACAUCACGCUAUACUCUAUGACGGGAGAUUCUAGACCAUACUGCAAGGUGCACUACAAGAUAACACUAAAGGUGUCAAAUUCAACGGAGAGCAGAGUGCACGGGCCCGACGUGGGCAGGAUCUCAGUGGUGCUGCUCGACAAGAACAACACCAAGAGUGAUCACAAGUUCAUUGAUGAUGAACAGAAAUAUUACAAACCUGGUGAUGUAGAAACAAAGAUGGUGCCGUUCAAGGACACGGGCCACCCGCCCAUGUCGGUCAUUGUGGAAUGGAAAUACGAAACUAAUUUGUUCAACCCUAUGACAUGGAGGUUGCUCAAAUCGCCCAGUAUUUACAUCGAGUAUAUGAAAAUAUCUUCCAUUGAAUAUAACACUGACAUCACCGUGUGCCCGAAGAUGAAAAAACCAGUUAUCGCGAGCUUACAAACCGUAAUGAAAACUAAAUAUUGCGGGUUUUCCAAAUAGCUACAGAGAAUUCCUUAUUCAUUUUUCCCUUUCAAGUCUCUGACAAUAUGCUAUCGUCAAAAUUUGCAAAUUGUCGAAAAAGUAUUCAAAUAGUAUUUAUUAAAUUGUAGCGAAGAGAAAAUGUAAUUAUAAAAAUUUAAAUUUGAUUUAGUCUUAAUAGUGUAUUAAAAUAGCUUUAAGAUGAAAUUUUGUUAUGUUGAUUAUUUUUAAAUAAAGUUAUUUUGAUAC